AUGCCGUGGACUACAACCGAGCACUCGCCAAACACUCUCACCCGGCCCCUUGGCCCUAACGAGGUAUUCAUCAAGUUGGUCAGUGACUUUGGCCACCCACUAGGCCGUGAACACUGGGCAGUCAACUACACCGUCACCAUCCGUCCUCGCGGGGAAUUUGCAGCGGAUCUCCUUCCAACGCUGAUCCGCCACAGCUGGUUGCAUCUGCGCUUCCAACACCCCAGUCUAGCCGCGCAUCCAGACUCCUCCGACGCCAACCUCGUCUACACAGUUCCCGAGUCCGCUGAUACCCUCAACCAAUGGGCCUCCCAAACCUUCUUCAUCAAAUCCGACGCCCAGUCUGCCGACGAUGUGAUCCGCACCAUCGCACCCGCCCCUGACGCCCAACUAUACUACAUCCCCAAAUCCAGCCAACUCCUCCUACACACGGCGCACUGGCGCACGGAUGGAGUAGGCGGCUUCCUCCUCCUCGGCCAGCUCGUCGACCUAAUGGCCUCUCAUGCCGACACCCUCCUCUCAGGAAGCCUUCCUGACCCAUUCGACGCCUGCGCCUGGGGUACCGAGACCACCCGACUAUCCCUAUCCGUCGAAGAAGCCGGCAACAUGCCCCUAAACCCAACCGACGAACAAAAGGCCAUCGCGCAGGAAGCAGUAGGCACCUUUGCCCUCGUUCAAGGGGCCGUCGGGAUCCCCUACACGGGAGACGCCACAACCAUCCCCACGGGCACCCGAGCCUCCGAACUAACCUUCACCUCGGCGGCCACCACCGCCGCCCUCUCCGCCGCCAAAGCCCGCGGCCUCGGCAUUACCGCCGCCACGCACGCCAGCGUCGCCGCUGUCAACUUCCGGCACGCCAUCCCCGAGCACCGCGCCCAGCGUCGUCACUACACCAGCACCAUCCGGCACACGUUGCGGCCAUAUAUGCCCGAACCGUACUCUGGUCCCGCGGGGGCCGCCACGCUGUUCACCACGGGCUGGACGUACCGCGUCGACCCCACGAGUAGCUGGGAAGAGAAUGCGCUCAAGUAUCACGCUGAGUAUCGGAGGGGACUUAGUAAAGAGUAUCUUCUCGCUCAUCGUGAGUAUGCGACUAUGCUGGUGAAUUUGCUGCGGAACCUCCCGGCGCCGGAAGAGCCGCCGAGUGAUAUUGAUAUUAGUAGUUUGGGGGUUCUGGAGAAAUAUCUGCAAAGAGAGUAUGGGAGUCCUGAAAGUGGGUUCAGUAUCGUGUAUGCGGGGCUUGGCGUGGAGAUGCUGGCAAGACAGGGUGUGGUGUAUGUUUGGACGUUCAGGGAUCAAUUGACGCUGAGGGUGGUGUUUAAUGAGGCGUAUCAUACGGAGGAGCAGAUGUGGGCGUUUCUGAGGGAUGUUAAGGCGGAUUUGCUACGGGAGUUGGGGGUGGAAGAGUAG